AAUUUACUGACUUAUCUUCGACAAUAAUAUUAUCGACAAUAGGUUUAAAAGGCAGUAGGUUUAUCAGCUGUUGUCAACUAUAAUUGCAAGUCGACCAUAUUCGAUUUAAAGCAUUCCUAGCAUCUCCCCAACUGCACUGUCAAAUCAGGUUGAGUUAGGUAGCAACGCUAUCGUGCAUAUAUGUAAUUUUUCUAAUUUGUGCAGAAAACCUUUUUUUAUAUAUUUCACGCUGGUUGUAUGAAAGAUACUGCACAAUUUUUCAAGAAGUGAUAAAAAUAAUAUAAUAUUUAAUAAUAAAAUCUUUCUAAUAUGGCAAACGUCGUACGAAGAAAAUAAAAGAGAAUAUAUGUGAAUUUUUCAAUUCUGUUAGCCACAUCUUUCUCUCUCUCUCUCUCUGUUUAUUUCUUAAAAGUAUAUUGGAAUUAUGGAAACGACGCCGGCAGAAACUGCGGAGGAGAGUGGCGAAAAAAUUCAAACCAGUCCUCUAAUACAGAUAGUACGAGUUCCAGUGAAACAUGCUAAUUUAGGCAUACGAAGUCAUGCCAUGGAUAUGAGUACAAUGGUAGAACUGACAUCAUUUAGUACACUUGGAAAGAUACAGCCUUUCCUGGUGACUAUCACAACGACUGCAGCCUUAUUAGUAGACUUACAUUGUCAUUUAACAGACAAGGAAGUUUGCGGCUAUCUUGGCGGACACUGGGAUAUCAAUUCACAUAAUCUUUCUAUAACAUGUGCUUUUCCAUGUCGAUACUCUGGCAAAGAGAAAUCAGCUGCAGCAGCUGUAGAAGCUGAAAUUGCAAGAGCCAUGGAAUGGAAACGUGUCACACUAGUAGGAUGGUAUCAUUCUCAUCCACGUUCUCAUGCAUCACCUUCGUUGAGAGAUGUGGAUUCUCAAUUGGAUUAUCAGAUCAAAAUGAAAGGGCCUAGUGAUAAUGGAUAUAUACCAUGUGUGGGAUUAAUAUGCUCUCCUUACAAUAUGGAUGGCAAUUGCUAUGAGUCAAAUUUCAAUGUCUUUUGGUCUUUACCACCACCUGAAAAUAGACCUCAUGAAUAUCCUCGACCAAUGCUUCUCAGUUACACAUUAUCACAGGAGCAUUUUCUCUCUCAAGAUACUUUGGAAGAGAUUAGAAGAUGUAUAGAAUAUUAUAAGAGCGAAGGCGGCAUCGAUUUUACUGCCAAUUUCAACAAUAAUACAACAUAUCUCGAACGUUUAAGAUGCUCUCUAGCAUCGAAAUUGCCUGGUCGAAAUAGAUCAAACGGCUCGUACUGGGAUGUAAUCAGGGAAAUGAUUUGUCCAGGCUCUGAAGAUGGCAAUGUACCCGAGUUCUUAACCAUGAAAUUUCCCUUAGUACCUUCUUCGGAAUCACUUGGACCACCCGUUCCGCCGGGCGUGGGUCUCACAGCUGGUAACGCGGCUGUUUUCCUCGCACCGGUCAACUUCAAACCUGACGGUGGUGCCAUAAUUACUCCCACGUCCAAACCGUUUGUGUUGCAACCAUCAACUUCUCGGGAUGGCAUUAAAAAAGACAAUAUGGGUCCUAACGACGCUGCGUCCAUCACACAGAUAAAAGAUAGCAACUCCAUCAUAAGCUCCAAACAUAUAUCGCCAUCAGAGAUAAUACCGAGUUUCCAAUCGGGCGAGCUCACAGUAUCGGUGAAGAAUGCCAAGUGCGAUUACGAUUUCGCACCAGCAGAUUUCUCAAAACUGCCGAAUCCACUUACUGGCGAUGGCACUAAGGGACGAACAUCGACAAAUUCCGAUUUUCCGUUAGCGGAUAUUACACAGCAGAUCACAAAGUUUUCGGAUUUGACGAAGCUGGCGAACUUCUCCACUGCCGAUUUGGCAAAGCUGUCUAGUUUCUCUAUCGCGGACUUUACGCGAACCUCGUCAUCCUCGCCAUCCACCACGUAUAUGCGUAACAUCGCGAAUCUAUUCGGACCUCUUGGCAAAAUCUCGCCGGCAAAGGAUAUGGAAGGUAAUGAACGCAAAGCAAGCGACUUCGUUACUGUCGAUGCGAUUCCAUCACCCUUCAAAACUGCCGGUUCGUCGGAAGGUUGCAGAAAUUUCUCGGCGAGUGCCGAGGAUUAUACAAGUGAUCGUAAGAAAUUGGAAACACAGAUCGAUUCCGCGAAGAUCGGCAGACCAGGCGAAUAUCAAGGAACAGAGGAUCUGACAAUAUCGAGUAUUAAAUCUGACUUUGGAGGCAUGUUGGACAUGACGACGUUGCAUAAGAAGCAACAAUCAUCGCAAUCAGCCGAUAUGGGAGAUUCCUUAAAUCUUUCUAAAGAUCGUUAAACCCGUGUAAUAUACUCGAUAAAGAAUCACAUUAACGUAAAAUUAAAUCUAAGAAGAUCAUUAUAUAUAAAGAUUUUAUAUUUGUAUAUUAUUUUAGCUAUAUAGUUUUUUUAAUAAGAGAAGAGUAAUUUUACUGACAUUAGAAAUUUCCAUGACAGAAUUCUCUCUAAUGUAUUUUAAAGCUUUACAUAUCGCGGCGAUUUCGAAGUUUACUUACAACAAAUAUAAUCAUUAUAUGUGAAUAAUAAUGAAUAAGUUAAUUGCAAUACACAAAAUAUUAUAUAAUUAUAAUGAGUAUUAUUAUAAUUUAGAUGAAUUUGAUUGUGUAAUACAUUUUAAGUAUUUUGUACUUAUUGAGAUUAUCAAUCUCUGAAUAAUAUCUGAAUAUUAUAAUAUGCAAAUCCAUAUUU